AUGCCUCCCACUCGUCAACGUGCACGUCGUUCUGCAAGACUUCGAGCUGAUGCUCGAGUGCACUCGAUGGAUCCUUCAGCACUCUCUGUACCUCCCUCUGAGGGACAAUCCAAGGUCCCCUCCGAAUCUGGACCACGAUUGACCAUCCAGUGGCAUAACGAAACUGCCCUAACGGAUGUCUUGGUGAAUUAUCUAACGUCUCACCCUGCUGAUUGUAGGGUGCUCUUUUAUUCUGAGGGGAAGAAGGCGAUGUCCCCCGUCAAUGACAGCCCCUCGGGCUCGGACAAAGGCCAAAUCUGUAGCGUUAUCGCUAAACUUAUCUUCACCAAUCACCCCAAAUAUGGUCACGCAUAUCACGACAAUCAGAAGAAAUUCCGCGAUGCCAUCAACAAUUGCAUUAACAGUCUCAGAACAAAAUACAAGAAGAUGAAGGCUAGAUUCGGUGACACAGGUGCCGGCGUGAUGCCGCUUGAUGGGACGGCUGCAAAAAAUCUUCUGGACUCAGUUCUUUCGGAGUUCCCGUGGUACACGGACCUCGAUGGAAUCUGGCACUCCAAUCCGUCGUUGGCCGCAAAGACUUAUUCCUCCAAGCCUGGCGUUGAUCACGCAGGUUCUUUCUACUCCCUGGUUCAACCGCGUGGUGGGGCUGGUCCCUCCACAUCCUUUGGCGCUUCACCCUCUCCCACACAUUUCAGCGCUACACCAUCCGCUAGCGCUCAUAAUGUGUCUCCUCAUACCCAGGCGCGUACAUCAGAUCCUCAGACCCAGGCGCAUACAUCAGAUCCUCAGACCCAGGCGCGUACAUCAGAUCCUCAGACCCAGGCACGUACAUCAGAUCCUCAGACCCAGGCGCAUACAUCAGAUCCUCAGACCCAGGCGCGUACAUCAGAUCCUCAGACCCAGGCGCGUACAUCAGAUCCUCUGUUUUACGGCGAUCCCCCCAUUGACCCACAACUCCUUCAACCUCAGACUCUUGCUCCCCCCUUCACACCCCCUCAAACACACCUUCCCGGCCUGCGCAAUUCCCCCGAUGUCACUAUCCUGGACGAUUAUGCUCCUGACUCCGGGAGUGGCCCGCUUAAUGCCCCCCUCGGCAACGCACUAGACUACCUCGACAACGACGACGAAGAAAUGCUGGAUGAUACUGGUGCCGGUAGCCCUCCCCAGGUCGCGGGGACAAAACGCCACUUUGCUGCAUCGCCCUCCCCUCCUCCUGAUGCCCCCCAGCCGUUCGCAAUUCGCACCAAACUCCCAAUGCCAUUAUACGACAGUCGCUCGGCAUUCGGCGCUCACAAGCCGUCAAGCCGUGGAGCGCGACGCAAAGGGCCAUCGGACAUGGCCCGCAGCAUGUCUACACCCUCCUCGACGACGCGCAAUACGACGCCGUCGUCGGACUACGUCAUCUCUCCCACCCCGCAGACCUCGCUGCCCAACAGUGGGGGCAGCUCAAAAAAGAAGGCAAGGUCGGAUGUCCAGGACCAGGUAGGCCUGGUCCGGGACGAGAUCGAGAGCCUGCAGUCUAGCGCCCUGUCGCGCCACGAGAGCAAGCACCAGCGCUAUCUCGCGAAGCUGGGUGCGAAGAGCGAGCACUCCCGCGACACGAAAAAGUAUGAGUGGCUCCGCGACACUCGUGCACACGAGGCUAGUCAAGCUAGCCUCGUCCAUCAGCGCCAGCAGGAGGACAAGGACGCCGAAAUUCGCCUUCAUGAGACGGAUAUACCGGUGCACGAAGCGCAUUCGCUCGUGCUUGACAAGGAGGCCGAAACCCUGCGGCUCAAGAUACAAUACCACCAGAUGAUGCAGGGCAAUAAGGCCCCAGGGUUGGAUUGA